AUGGUAUUAAGAAAUUUAAAUGAGGCUGAUGAAAAGUUUGCUGAUGAAAACUUCAAGCUGAAGCAUUCUGGACCAGGAUAUUUAUCUAUGGCGAAUUCUGGACAAGACACCAAUGGCUCCCAGUUUUUCAUAACCACAGUUAAAACCAGCUGGCUGGAUGGACGCCAUGUUGUAUUUGGCAAGGUACUUUCUGGUAUGGACGUAUUGUACAAGAUUGAAGCAGAAGGAAGUGAAAGUGGCUCGCCUAAGAACAAGGUCGUCAUAUNAGACAGUGGAGAAUUAACUUCAUGACAUGGU